CACAAAGAUCUGUACAAGGACGUCAUGAUGGAGGAUCACCGGCCCCUCAUAUUACCAGUUAAGGAAGAGAGAAGAACACCGGAGAGAUGUCCCAGUCCUCUUCUUCCACAGGAUAAUUCAGAAGAACAUUACUAUGUCCCACAGGAUGCUCAGGUAGAUGGAUAUAAGGACAUCAUGAUGGAGGAUCCCCGGCCCCUCAUAUCACCAGUAAAGGAAGAGAUAAGAACACCGGAGAGAUGUCCCAGUCCUCUUCUUCUACAGGAUGGUUCAGAAGAAUAUCACAAUGUCCCACAGAAUGAUCAGGUAGAUGGAGAUAAGGUCUCAUGAAAUAUUCCCUAUGAUCUGUAGAAGUCUGUGAAGAUCUUGUCUUCAGUCUUGCUUUAUCCACCAGUAUUAUAUGUUUUAUCCUUGUAUAAUGAGAUAGAUGGAGA